CUCGGCCCGGCCCUGGCUCCUCCUCUCCUCCUCCUCCUCCUCCUCUUCCCCUGUGCCGGCUACCCACGAGAGGGACCCACGCAAGCACCCGGAACAAUUCUGUGGAUCUCUCGUCAGGCACACUUUAUCUGGAUGCACUUUUGCAGGGCUUUUCCGUUGCUGCCUGUCUAGGUCUGUAGCAGCAGCAGUUAACAGGUGCUUGAGAAACACAAGUAUCAUCUUCUGGAUUAUGACAGCAAAAAAACAAUGUGACGCUUCUUCAGAGAUAUAUGCAACCCUUUUGACUACAGUAUCGUGAAGCCCAUUGUCCUGCUUUAGUUGCACUCAACUCAAGGACUCAUCAUGGAGCCCCUCUUGCCUGAAAUGAAGUGCAUCAGAGAGCUGAAAAGAAUUGUCUUCUUGUCUAUAGUUUUAAUGUGCCUGCUGGCCUUUGUUUGCCCUGAUCAAGACUACUACAGUUUACUUGGAAUAUCUAAAGAAGCAACAAGUAGAGAAAUAAGGCAGGCUUUCAAAAAGUUGGCAUUAAAGUUGCACCCUGAUAAGAAUCAGAAUGAUCCAGAAGCCCAUGACAACUUUUUGAAAAUAAACAGGGCUUACGAAGUAUUAAAAGACGAAGACCUACGAAAGAAAUACGAUAAAUAUGGGGAGAAAGGUUUAGAUGACCACCAGCAGGGAGGACGAUAUGAAAGCUGGCACUUCUAUCGCUAUGAUUUUGGUAUUUAUGAUGAUGAUCCUGAAAUCGUAACACUGGAUAGAGGGGAAUUUGAUGCUGCUGUUACUUCUGGAGAACUGUGGUUUAUCAAUUUUUAUUCCCCUCGAUGCUCGCAUUGCCAUGACCUGGCACCAACUUGGAGAGAAUUUGCUAAAGAAAUGGACGGUUUAAUACGUAUUGGAGCUGUCAACUGUGGUGAUAACAGAAUGCUCUGCCGCAUGAAAGGAAUUAAUAGCUACCCAAGCCUGUAUGUCUUUAAAACCGGAAUGAAUCCAGUGAAAUAUUAUGGCGAUAGGUCAAAAGAGAGCUUAAUGAGCUUUGCCAUGCAGUUUGUCGAAAGCACAGUGACAGAGUUCUGGGCAGGAAAUUUUGUUAAUGCUGUUGAGGCUGCAUUUGCUUCUGGAGUUGGCUGGUUAAUUACCUUCUGUGCAGAACAAGGAGAUUGUUUGACUUCUCGAACACGUCUUAAAUUGGCUGGCAUGUUGGAAGGCCUGGUUAAUGUAGGCUGGAUGGACUGUGCCACCCGGGGUGAGCUUUGUGAAAGUUUGGAUAUCUCUUCUAGCACGACAGCAUACUUCCCACCGGGAGCCACCUUAACUAAUAAAGAAAAAGGAGGCAUUUUGUUCCUGACCUCUUUAGAUGCCAGGGAGAUAUAUUUGGAAGUCAUGAAACACCUUCCAGACUUCAAAAUGAUCUCAGCAUCUACUUUAAAGGAUCAUGUGGCUCAUCAUCGAUGGCUAAUAUUUUUUCAGUUUGGCCAAACUAGCAAGUCCGAAGCCUAUGAUCUUAAAAAGCUGGGUUUUCUGCUUAAAGGAGAAAAUAUUCAGAUUGGUAGGUUUGACUGCCUUACUGCACCAAAGACCUGCAACGAUCUAUAUGUUUAUGAACCUCGUGUAGUGGUAUUUAAAGGGAGAGGAUUGGAAGACUAUGAAAUCCAUCAUGGAAAGAAGAUUCUAUAUGACAUUGUGGCCUUUGCUAAGGAAAGUGUGAAUUCUCAUGUCAUCACUCUUGGUCCUCAAAAUUUUCCUGGCAAGGAGAAGGAGCCGUGGCUUGUUGACUUCUUCGCACCUUGGUGCCCUCCUUGUCGAGCCUUAUUGCCAGAGCUGAGAAAAGCAUCAAAGCAGUUGUACGGUCAACUGAAAUUUGGCACUUUAGAUUGUACACUUCAUGAAGGAAUUUGCAACAUGCACAACAUUCGAGCUUAUCCAACAACUGUGGUUUUUAAUCAAUCCAAUACUCAUGAAUAUGAGGGACACCACUCUGCUGAGCAGAUCUUGGAGUUUAUUGAGGAUCUGAUGAACCCCUCUGUGGUGUCUUUGACCCCUGAGACCUUCAAUGAGCUGGUGAAGAAAAGGAAGUCUAAUGAAAUCUGGGUGGUUGAUUUCUACGCUCCGUGGUGCGGUCCUUGCCAAGCCUUAAUGCCAGAAUGGAAGCGGAUGGCCAGGUUGAUGAAUGGACUGAUCUCCGUUGGCAGCGUGGACUGCCAGAAGCAUUUCUCUCUUUGUCAUCAAGAAAAUGUUCAAGGUUAUCCUGAAAUAAGACUCUUCCCACGGAAAUCGGCUUCAUCUUAUCAAUUCUAUAGCUACAGUGGCUGGCACAGAGAUGCUCAUUCACUGAGAAGAUGGGCACUCGGGUAUUUACCUCAAGUAUCUCUGGAUCUGACACCUCAGAGCUUCACUGACAAAGUCCUUAAUGGGAAAGAUCACUGGGUUAUUGACUUCUAUGCUCCUUGGUGUGGCCCUUGCCAAAACUUUGCACCAGAAUUCGAGAUUUUGGCUAAGACUGUUAAAGGAAAAUUGAAAGCUGGGAAAGUUGACUGUCAAGCUCACGCUCAUAUCUGUCAGUCUGCUGAAAUCAGGGCAUAUCCAACGGUUAAGUUUUAUCCCUAUCAGGGAACAAAGAAAAAUCCAGUUGGAGAACACAUAAACAGCCUUGAUGUGAAAACUAUAGCUGAAAUACUGACAGCGAAAGUAGAAGAAAUAAAAAAUAAGAGGAAAAAAUCGUCCAGGAACAAGGAUGAACUUUGAGUCCUGGAAUGAAUUCCAAAGAUACCAAAGCUGCCGCCUGUUUAAAUAUUGGACUGUGUUCUUCUGGAAGGAAAAAGAAAUGCCAUGGGAUUCAAGGACACCCUGGCUCUUCCCAUAGAUGCUGCACAACUGAUUCUGAAUCAUCCAAAUGAGACUGGCAGUCCUGACAAUAUGCUACCUCUGUCCUGUGGAGGAUUUUCAUGCUCUGAUUACGGACUUAAAACUUGGUCAGUAGGGCAUCUGUUGGAUUUUUCCCGCAGUCCUCUCACU